AUGGGGUGUGCACACUCGAAGAAGCAACGCAAGCAGGGAGCCAAGGUCACCAAAGUCGCGGCCGCCUUCGAAGCUGGGAAAGCGGGAGCCGCUACCUCGCAGGCAAAGAACGCUGAGGCCGAGAGAAAGAGGCGAGAGGAGCACUUGGGCAAGUUAAGAAAGAGCAAAACACACAAGGCACACAAACAGGCUGCGGAGAAAAAAGUAGCCGAGUGCUUUAAGGACAAACCUCCUACUGGAGGUACGGCUCCUCCACAGUACCGUAGAGGCUCAUGA